UGGUGCGAUCGUGCGCUUCGCUCGCUGGCUCACCGGGUCCGCGAAGCGUGUAGCGUGUCUAACUAAACUCUUACUGUUAACUGUUCUUUUGAAAUAUCCUAUAUAAUAUAUCCUGUGUAUUGUUGUGUUGUGUGUGUGGUGCCUGCAGUGCACUAAACUCUUAUCAAUAGCAACAAUGUUGCUGCAAGGGGUUGUUAGAUUUUUAUGCUGCGAGUUGAAGAAAUUGCAAACGAAUUUGACAAUGUUUUUAAUAUUCUGCUGGAUUGUGUGGUUCUCACAAAUAAUUGCCAUAUCAACGGUCUUUAUGAGUUUUCCGGAGAUCAUAGCCGAGCUGCCUGCUGUGACGGUGACGGAGCUGCCAGUGGAGCUGGAUCAACUGAAGAAUCGCCUGGAUGCUGUUUUGCUGCAGCAGGCAACGCUUGGUGGCAGCAACAAGAGCGAGGAGCAGCAGUCGCUGGAGCAAAGCUUCGACGAUGCCAAGUCCGCCAUGCUAAAGGAGGAGCAGCUGGUGAAGCUGAAUGAGGCAGGCGUGGGGAUUGAUGCGCCUGCUGCAAGUGAAGUCAAUGGCACAGUCGGGAUGAAUGGAACGCGGCCAGCGCUGGAGAGCAAUGAAACGGCAGAGGAAGUGCCGAUGCCCGUGUUUUCGGAGUGGGCACAAAAGCAAAUGGAGGCGGAGGCAAGUCGCGAGCAGGCCAUGGAGCUGGAGCAGCAGGUGGUGAACAACUCGGCGCAGCGACGCAAUGCGAGCUCGAGCAGCGGCAAGCCGCCACCGCUGAAGCUGCGCGCCAAGAAUUAUGCCUCGCCGGAUUGUGGCGCCAAGAUCAUAGCCUCCAAUGCGGAUGCGAGCAACACGGGCGCUGUGCUGAGCCACUCCAGCGAUGAGUAUAUGCUGAGCACCUGCGGCAGUCGCAUUUGGUUUGUCGUCGAGCUCUGCGAGGCGGUGCAGGCGCAGAAGGUGGAGCUGGCCAACUUUGAGCUGUUCAGCUCCUCGCCCAAGAACUUUACGGUGGCUGUGUCCAAGCGCUUUCCCACCCGCGACUGGAGCAACGUGGGACGCUUUGCCGCCGAGGAUAAGCGCACGGUGCAGACGUUCGAGCUGCAUCCGCAUUUGUUUGGCAAGUUCGUGCGCGUCGAUAUACACUCGCACUACUCCAAGGAGCACUUUUGUCCCGUCUCGCUCUUUCGCGUCUUUGGCACCUCCGAGUUUGAAGCCUUCGAAACGGAAAUACGUCCCGGCGACGAGCUGGAUGACUUUGAUGACGAUGACGAGCAGGCCCACAAGGCGCCGCAUGCCAAUGGAAAUAUAUUCCAAAGCGCCAGCGACGCCGUCAUGCAAAUGGUCAAGAAAGCCGCCGAGGUGCUGGUCAAGCCCACCAAGGCGCUGCGCUGGUCCGCCGAGCCCUUGCUCUGCACACGCCCGCCCAGGGCAUCUUCAGCCUGCGUCCAGUGCAACAGCACCUUGGUGCAGCGCAUCAACAAUCUGCUCUCCUGCCAGUCCAGGCAACUGCAGCUGCUGCUCUCGCUGCCACAGCUGCGCGACCAUCUGCUCCAGAGUCGCGUCUGCCCGCUGGACUACAGCAUCAGCUUGAAUUACAUAAAUCCCCCCGCCAGCAGUGGCAUGGCCAAGCGCCAAAGCAUCUACCUGAGUCUACUGCCCGCGGAGCAUAUCGGCGCCCUAUGCAAGCUGCUCCAAAGCGAGCAGGGCCAAGCACCCGCUCUGGCCUUGGAACCCGAGCCGCAGCAACCAACCAAACUGCCUGAGCCGCCUACAGAGAAUGUUACCACUGCAUUGCCGACGCCGCCACCGACGCCACUGGAAGAGCAGCCUGCGCCCAGCACGCCGCUGGAGCCGCCAACGCCACAGCUGGAAAUUGUACCACCAGAAACAGUCGCCACCAUCACCAUCACACAGCCAAGUGUACGCAGCGACGCUGCAGCCACCACAGCUAACUCCGCCUCUGUUAAUGUUGCCGGCUCCCCAGCAGAUGUGAAUAUAUUCAAUGUGCCCGCCGCGACGCAGGCCACAGCUCCAGCUCCAGCUGCAGCUGCGAUUAUGCCAACGCCAGAGACGCCCACUGCAACAUCAGCAACACCUGCUGCAGUGGAGUCCAUCGAGCCAGAGGCCAGCACACUGGCAGCCAGCACAAGUUCCAGCGAGACAGAGCUGCUGGGCAGCGGCAGCGGCCUGGACGACAACAAUCCCGCCAACUGGGAGAGCAUUGACAGUCUGCUGACCACUACGGUGGCCUCGAUUACAGCAGGCGGUGGGGCCGCUGCUGCCGCCGCCGCUGUAGUCAAUGGCAAUGCUCAGCUGGCAAGUAGCGCUGGCAGCGCCGCUGGCAUCAACAUGCAGCAGAAGUUGACGAAUGGCGCCCAAUCCGAGAGCGUGUUCAUUAGGCUAUCGAAUCGCAUCAAGGCACUCGAGCGCAAUAUGUCGCUGUCGGGUCAGUAUCUGGAGGAGCUGUCGCGCCGCUACAAGAAGCAGGUGGAGGAGCUGCAGCAGACGCUUACGCAACAGUCGCUGACGGUGCGCACGCUGGAGGAUCAGAGCCGGCGCUAUAUAGAGCAGGAGCAGCUGUAUCAGCAGCAGAGCGCUGCGCUGGCCGGCGAGGUGCGCGCCUUGACGUACCAGGUGCAGGCCUGCAUACUGGUCAUCAUCAUUGUGGGCACCUGCAUCUUUCUCAUGCUGGUGGUGGGCACAGUAUUUUAUCGCAAGCUGCGCCGCCAAACCCAACAGCUGCUGCCCAUGUCACAGUCAACGCCAGUGGCCAGUAACAAACAGAAGCUGAGUCGUCGUAAGUCGUACGAACAGAUGCUGGAGCAGUCGCCAGCCAAGCAGCGGCGUCCCAGCGAGGAGGCUCUGCUCAUACUCAAGUGCUGCGGCGACGGCGGCACACAUUCCGAGCCAGAUCCAGGCAGCAGACAGCGCAAGUUAUCCGUUUGUUAUGGCAGCAACAACAACAUAGCCAGCAAUAUGCUCGCUGCCAGGUCAGCUCUGCAUAGGCGCAAGAACGCAAAGCACUCCUGGCACGCCAGUCUGGACUCGGCCCACACAUCCUGCGCCGAACAGCUGGAUAAAUUCUUUGACGUCGAUACGCUGCGGAGCAACAAAUCGCAAUCGAAGGCAAGCAAAAAGAAAUUGCCACAGUCGCAGCCAGCGCAGGAGCUGAAACGCCAGGAGUCCACGCCCGCUAACUAUGCACCCGGCAGCCUCUUGGAGGAGUCAGCGCAGAGCGACUUCGACGAGAGUCUCAUACUGGACGACGACGAUUUGGCCAACUUUAUACCCACCAGCGAUCUGGCCUACAACGAAUUUAUGCCCGAGGGUCCCUCCGGCUAUCAGACACUGGACACUGUGGAUGGCAAGUCGGAGAAGCAGCCGCAGCCUGUGAAAAAGUCGCGGCGCGUCUCGUCGCCCGCUUUCUUCAAGUCGCCUUUUGGCAAGAGCAAGAACAAGGGCGGCAGCUUCAAUGGCAUUGGCGGCGUCAAGGGCAGUCACUCGGCACACGAGGCCACCUCAUGGGAAUGGUAUCGCCUGAGGCGCAGCGAGAAGCAAGCAAAGCAAGUGCCUAAUGCCAGUCUGGACAGCUCAUCGCUGUCGGAAAUCAACUUUCCGCUGAACCCAACGCAGAAUUCUUUUCGCAUACUAGGCGAAGCUAUACGCAGUUCCGGCGAGCAGAGCUGCAAGCUUAAUGGCAAUGGCAAUGGCAAUGGAGCAGUAGCAGUAACAGGAGCCGUGGGCACCGCUGUCGGUAGCGGCAGUAGUAGCAGCGGUGCCAGCACCACAUCCUCCACCACGAAGAAGAAGCAGCGCGCGUUUAACAAUCUAUUUCGCAAAGUCUUUUGAUUUAAUGCUAUUUCUGCAUUCAAUUGGCAUCCCAUUUAUUAUUAAAUUGUUGAAAUUGUGUAAGCCGACGCCUGAAAUUCAUGAAUUUUAUAUUCAUGCAAACGAUUCUCGUUUCGCUGAGCUAAAGAGUUCCUUAAGUGUUGCAGUAACAUGCAAAUGACUGUCAUAAAAAGAAUUAAAACAAAAUUGUAAACUACCCACGAACUAUAAAGCUGUUAAAUUGUAUAAUUUAUAGCUCUACGCUUAUGCAUAUGUACAUACAUACAAGUUUAUGUAAGAAAUCAGCACAACGCGCAUGGCCAACAGCAACUUACCUUAAUCUAAUUUCAAUACCUUGUCGUUCUUGCUAAGCUCUUAAUUUAAAUGAAUCUAUUUUGUAAGCGCGUGUGUACUAGAAAAGAGAAAAUGGAUUUACAGCGGUAACAGCAACUGCAGACCAUUGCCACAAAACUUGUUAUAUUAGCCGUUAUAACUACCUAUUUAAUUUAGAGUAACUAAUUAUUUAAGCUUUUAUUUGUAAACUUGAAA